GGGCGGCUGCGCAGCGCGGGCUCCGCGCAGGUACCGGCGCGCUGCGGGGCUCGGGGGGCUCAGGGCCUGUCAGACCCCGCGCUGUGGCCGUGGGGCGGUCCCUCCCCGGGCAGGGGUGCCGCCAGGAGGCUCCUGAGGGGGACGCGCCGAUUCCUCGGAACCACUUCAAUGUAAAGCUUAGUUAACAUGAAGAUGGAGGACUAUGACAUAUUCUGUAAGAAGCAUCUUUGCAGAAUCCAAGAAGGGGCAAUAAAAAGAGAAACCUCUUUUACUGUUCAGCACAAGAAUAUUUCCCUCAUUCAGUUCCAUGGAGUUCCGGUGCUUUCCCCGCUGCUUAGCCUUGAAAAGAAAAAGGAAAUACAGCAAUAUAAACAGAAGGCACUGGACCUAGAGACCUGCAGACGGAACUCCCAGAAAAGAGCCUUAUUGAAUCGUGUUCAGGAGAUUCUAGAGAACGUUCAGACCAGAAAAAGACCUAGCUUGAGCGAUGUGAGUGCACAGGAGGCUGAGAAUGCUUGCCCUGAUUCAGAUUCAAGAGCGUCGACUGACUUCAAAACUCUAUCAGAUGUCAGUUUGGCAUGUUCUCCAGAAAGGAAUGGUCCCAUAGAGCUUGAAAAGACACCAGAACUUGUGCCAGCAGAUACAACAGUGCAAGUGACAUCAAAUGUGACAGAAGUAGUUAAAGCAGCAGAAGAAAAUGUUUUUUCAAAGCAAAGUGAGAGUCACCUCUCAAAAGAGGUAACUUGUCCAAGAGCUGUGUCUCCUGACAAUGUGCAUAAUAAGCUCGCGUCACGUGCUUUGCAAAAGCAGGAGGGACUGGGAGUUCCACUGUCAGAUGAGGAAGUCCAAGAUCCGUGUGUAAUGAGUCUGCAGAACCUGCUGAAGAAAUCUGGGGAGUAUAUAGAGAAAGAGCAAACUAAACGUAGCUCAAAAAGUAAUUCAAAGAGAAGUAUGAGUGAAAGUCAUUCAGAUAAAGAAAACGAUGGCGUUAAAACAACUGACUCUGUGAAAGAAAGAGUGAAGCUGACAGGUAGAAAUUGCACCACACUGACACCUGAUAAACCCAGUCUUAAUAAGUCAAACACCCUUCCCCAAGGUGCCUCUACUCAUACAAAUAACACAAGCAUGUCAACUUUAUCCAGUUUUUCUAAAGUGGACAUACCUAUGAGAGUUGGAACACCCCCGUUGAUGGAUUCGGAUUCGGAUGAAGAAUUGAAAAAGACUUCUAUGUUUGAUCGUGACAGCAGCGUUGUCAGGAGCCUCACAGGUUCUUAUGCCAAAUUGCCAAGCCCAGAGCCGAGCAUGAGCCCUAAAAUGCACCGGAGACGCCCAAGACCUUUAUCAAUGGGACACAUUGUUAUAAAUAACCCUGUGAAUGCUUAUGAGUUAAGUCCGAAAGGCAAGGGUAGAGCAAUGGAUUUAAUCAUGCAGGAUAUUGCUGAUAAACAUAAUGUCUCCGAAUCAGUGCCAAAGUUCAUGGUGGACUUCACUAUGGUUUGUCCUAGCAGAAUUCCUGGUGUCAACAGGAAUUUUUCAGGUCCUUGUGAUGGUUUGGGAGUUGGCAAACCUAAUCGCCAUUCCUUUGGACACUUGGAAAGCAAAGGAACGUUGUUGGCUGCAGUGGAAGGACAGGUAGUGAUGGACAGCAAAGGGCCAUAUAAAGUAGAGACUAGUGCUAAUACUGUAGCUUCAAAAUUGAAUGAGCCAUUUGCCAUCAGCCAGUCUACAGUAACUCAGAAGUUCCUGGCUGUGAAUGAAACAAAACCAUCCAGUGUGGUGGAACAUACUAAAUGUAAUUCUGUAGAACUCAAUAAAUCUUACGAUGUAGAAAACCCAUCCCCACUGCUAAUGCAGAGCAGGAAUAUGCAGCAGCAGAUGGACACUCCCACUGUUUCCCCAUCAAAUGAGCAGCUUCUGGAAAAUACUUUUGAAAAGGUAAAACGUAGACUUGAUUUGGACACCGACAGCUGUCAACAAGAAAACAACCCCUGUGUUAUAACAGCUGGAAUGGAAGAACAAGAGAAGCAGUGGCUGCAGGAACAGAAAUACCACCUGGGAUCAGUUUACAUUACCAAGAAUACAGCCCCUGAUAGUAUGGUGAAAGAAGAUAUUUUAAAAACUAAAAUGUUGGCCUUUGAAGAAAUGAGGAAGAGACUUGAAGAACAGCAUGCACAACAACUGUCGAUUCUGAUAGCUGAACAAGAGAGAGAACAGGAGAAAUUGCAGAAGGAACUGGAAGAGCAGGAGAGAAAGUUGAAAGGAAAGAAGGUUGCUACAACGGAAAUAGAAAUUUCCAAAGUGAAUAUUAACAGUAGGAUGGAGUUGGAGUGGAGGAAAAAAAGCGAAAGUGGCUUGCUGGAAAGUGUGCAGUCUCAGCUGGAGACAGUCCAUAAUGCAAAUGCUGCCAGCAUUGGUUUUGCUCAUACUACAACACCUAACACCUUUGCUUCAACAAGUGAAACUUCGUUCUUUCUCUGGGCACCAUCAGGUAGUGGAGUAAUAAAAACCUCAGUAUCUAGGCCGAGUACCAGGAUCAAAACUAGGUGGACUCAGGUUUUCAGUCCAGAGAUACAAAUGAAGUUUGAUAAGAUAACUGCUGUGGCAAAGGGUUUUCUCACUCGUAGACUGCUGCAGACAGAAAAACUGAAACAUCUCAAGCAAACUGUAAAAGAUACUAUGGAGUUCAUAAAAAAUUUUCAGUCUGAAGCCCCAUUAAAAAGAGGAAGUGUUUCAGCACAAGAUGCAUCCCUUCAUGAAAGAGUAAUGGCACAGCUGCGAGCUGCUCUGUAUGACAUCCAUGACAUCUUUUUUAUGAUGGAAGCAUCGGAAAGAAUGAAUAUUCUGCGUCAUGAUCGUGAAGUUCGUAAAGAGAAAAUGCUGAGGCAAAUGGAUAAAGUGAAGAGCCCAAGAGAGAGAGCGACGCUUUCAACAGCUACACAGAAAUCUCUGGACAGGAAAAAGUGUAUGAAGGCUUCAGAAAUGCGAAUGCCAAAUAAAAAAAUAAUUAUAAAACAGAAGACUCCUGAAAGCCGUGUACUUCAACCAAAUCAAGGACAGAACGCCCCAGUUCAUAGACUGCUUUGCAGACAAGGAACCCCUAAGACCUCAGUGAAGGGGGUUGAGCAAAAUAAAAAGAAGGCCCCAGAGAGCAGAGUGUCUAACAAGGCUGUUUCAGGAGCAUAUGCAGGAAGAACCCAAAGAAAGAAGCCAAAUGUUGUGACAAUUUAAGACGACAGCACUCGCUGGGUUAGAAUGUCUUAUUUUUUAAUGAUGGAAUUCUUAGCACUGAUGCACAUAUUGCAUCUUCUAUCUGUGUGUGUGCAUUUAGAAAUGCUAACCAUACAAUGACACAUUAAUACGAGCAUAUUGAAGUAAUAAAGGGCUGUGAAACUCCAGUCCUUGUGGAAGAUUGCAUGUUAAUAUCCAUACUACUGUGGACAGAAUCUUGUUCAUUUAAAGACCACCAUAGUGCAACAUAGAGUUAAUUUGUGACUUUCUCAUGCUGUGUUUCUCGUGUCUGACAUCGUUUUGAAUUACUUUAAAUUGCAAUUUCUAUGAAUGGUUGUCACCAUAAAUAAUGUGUGUAUAUUAGUUUCAUAACACAAAGUUAAAGCAGUUAAAUAAGAAAAAGAUAACUCCAUUCAAAGAAAACUGAGCUCUUCCAUCAGUAAAUUUGUUAGCAGCCUUUUUGAAUAAAAUUCUGUGUAAAUGCAGUUACCUCAGUUUAAAUACUGAUAGCCUAAAUGUUUUCCAUUUCUGCUGAGUUGGACAGAUGUGGAUCCAGAUUAAUUUCUGGGCAGACAGACAUACUUUCAAUGACUAUAUUGAAACCGCGCAUUUAUACGUAUAGAUCAAGCUACUGUGCUGCAAGAGUCCUAGGGUGUUUUUUUUACCCCUGCAGUCUACUGCGUUUGUUUAUGGAAACAACUUUUGACCGAGAUGAAGAGAAGCAUGCGUUCUUCAAAAAUUUGAGUACACAAGAUUUUAAAUGUUUUGUUGUUUCAGAUUUGCAAAUGACUGUCCAUAAUAAUAAUUCAGAUACCAUAUGUUUCAUUAAGGACGGUAAUAAUUUUUCUGAGCAAUUUCUCUUCUACCGUGAUCUAACAGCCCCUUGAAUCGAAAUAAUGAUUUUUUGGGAAAAAAGAAUCCAUACCUAAGCCCAACAAACACUUAUAUUUAUGAAAACCUAACAUUAAAAGAUUGUGCUGAUAUUUUGCCUUUGUCUUCCUGCUGACGGAUGUUAACCUUCAGCUGGAGAGGAGCAGAAUUGUGGCUUGAGAUGGGAUGUUAACAUUCACAGUCCGGUAGGGAAAAGCUCAGUUGCGUAAGCCUCUGCGGUGCUUACUGUUCUGCUCUGUAACAGCAGUUAGUAGAGACCUGACUACCUGAAUGUGAGAUGGGUUGUAUUUUCUUUCUUUCCCGGUAUCGGUACAAUGCAGCGCCCUGACUUUGGAGGCUUUCUGACAUGUUGACACAGAUACAAGAGAAAAAAGGCUGUAAAAAGGUGUAAAUUCCAGAGGUGAUGGCAAUGGCAGACCUGCCUCCUUCUCACGGAUGAUGAGGGUCUGCGGAGGUUCAGAUGUACCGCAGAAGAUGCUCGAGGCAAGGUCCCUGCUCGGCCGUAGCCAUCCGAGCUGGUUUUGUUCCCAGCUUUCCUUAGGAGUGGAAAACACCUCAAGAGGGGAAAAACUGACAGUGAGUGAUGAGAAGCCCGUGUCACAAACUGUGCGGUGUGCUAGAGAUCGAUGUUUGUAAAGGUUGGUUUAUGUGCUGUAUUUAUUAUUAGCGUAGGCAUAAAAUAGGACAUAAAAUAGGUUUAGCUUCAGUGUCAGUGGAGAUGAACACUUGCCUUCGGUCCGUCUCACGUCUCCCCUCCCCGCUUGAAGCAUGUUCCCAGGGUGUGUCAUAAAAUAGAGUAGCACAAGGUUUGUUUUUAACUUUCACGAGGCCUUUCUCUUGACAAGUGCCAGAAUUUGGGUUUGUAUUUGUUUUGUAUUUACACUUUGUUCAUUUCGGUUUUGUGUGGCGUUGUAAUAUCACGAUUAAAGUGUAUUUAUUUUUGUACCUCAUUUCGUUUUCACUGCUCUUGCUUUUUACUUAAAACGCGCGGCGCAAUAAAC